GGUGCGGGGACUGCAGUUACGGCAGACGGCUGGGGGCUCCCCCUAGACGUCUCCGGCAGCGGAGCCCUGCUUUGUACCCGCCGGGAGACUUUGUGGCACAAGUGGCGGCCAGCCGUUUAGGAGUCAUUCUAAGUCUCAGAUGCGUUGAACUUUUCAUUUGUUCACUGCCUUCUUCAGACUUCUCCAAGCUCUGUCGCAGAGCGCUGUCCCAUCUUGUCCACUGUGUCCCCGUCAACCCCAAGCUUCACCUCUCAUCAACUCUUUUUUAAACGUAUUUAUUUAUUUAUGUUUGUAUAAAUUUCUGGGGUACAACUGUAAUUUUGUUACAGUGAUUUACUGCAUAGUGGUGAAGUCAGGGCUUUUAGUGUGUCUAUAACCGGAGUAAUGUGCAUUUCAUCAUCUUUCAGAAUUUUCCCUUUUUUUCUCCCUCACCCCCACCUUCUAGGGCCUGUGGAAAUCUAAUCAAGGAUACAGGAGUGGAGUGAGCCCAGCCGCUUUGUGCUGAAGGGGAAAGUAGCGGCGUAGCCACAAAGCCUUCCGUGUGCUGGAGAAGUGCAUCCACCCAUCCCGGCGGGCCUUGCAGGAGGAUCCAACCCCGGGAAGCUGCCUGCCAGGCCCCGGGGGUUGUGCUUUCAUGCACCAGCAGCCACCCUCAUCCACCUUGUGCAAGUGGGUCUGGUGGUUGCUAUGUUAAUGCUGCUUGUCUUUGGAGUAUUGCUGUAUGAAGUCCCACUGAGUGGCCAAGAUGAGACUCCUCCUGAGACUGGAGAACCUCUGUAUAACUAUGCUGGCAUCCGCUUGCCAGAGGAGCACAUUCCCUUCUUUUUGCACAAUAAUAGGCAUAUUGCCACCAUCUGUAAGAAAGACUCACAGUGUCCUUAUAAGAAACACUUAGAAAAUCUGAAGUACUGCUGGGGUUAUGAGAAAUUCUGCAAACCAGAGUUCAGGUUUGGUUACCCUGUUUGCAGCUAUGUCGACAUGGGAUGGACAGACACUCUUGAGUCAGCUGAGGACAUAUUCUGGAAACAAGCUGACUUUGGAUAUGCCAGAGAGCGGCUGGAGGAGAUGCAUGUGCUCUGUCAGCCCGAGGAAAUGACUGACUCAAGCCUGGUGUGUUCUCGUUACCUUCAGUACUGCAGAGCAAGCAAUCUCUACCUUGAUUUAAGAAAUAUCAAGAGAAAUCAUGACAGAUUUAAGGAAGAUUUUUUCCAGAGUGGUGAAAUUGGAGGGCACUGUAGACUUGACGUUCAUACGUUGAUGUCUGAAGGUCAACGCAAAAGCCCUCUGCAGUCAUGGUUUGCUGAGCUGCAGAGCUAUACUCAGCUCAAUUUCAGACCUAUAGAAGAUGCUAAAUGUGACAUUGUUAUUGAAAAACCAACGUAUUUCAUGAAAUUAGAUGCAGGUGUUAACAUGUAUCACCACUUCUGUGAUUUUAUCAAUCUUUAUAUCACUCAGCAUGUCAAUAACUCAUUCAGUACAGAUGUGCACAUCGUGAUGUGGGACACCAGUUCUUAUGGAUAUGGUGACCUGUUCUCCGACACAUGGAAAGCAUUUACUGAUUAUGAUGUUAUACAUUUGAAAACGUACGAUUCCAAAAGGGUAUGUUUUAAAGAAGCUGUUUUUUCAUUACUCCCCCGCAUGAGGUACGGGCUGUUCUACAACACUCCUCUGAUAUCUGGCUGUCAAAAUACUGGCUUAUUCAGGGCAUUUUCCCAGCAUGUACUACACAGACUAAACAUCACCCAAGAGGGACCCAAGGAUGGAAAAAUUCGAGUCACCAUUCUUGCCCGGAGCACCGAAUACCGGAAAAUCCUAAACCAAAAUGAGCUUGUAAACGCACUGAAAACAGUAUCUAUGUUUGAAGUCCAGAUUGUUGAUUACAAGUACAAAGAACUUGGCUUUUUAGAUCAACUGAGGAUCACACACAACACAGACAUAUUUAUUGGAAUGCACGGAGCUGGUCUUACCCAUUUACUUUUCCUUCCAGACUGGGCUGCUGUAUUCGAACUGUACAACUGUGAAGACGAACGCUGUUACCUAGACUUGGCCAGGCUGAGAGGCAUCCACUACAUCACUUGGCAAAGGCAGAACAAAGUCUUUCCUCAGGAUAAGGGCCACCAUCCAACUCUGGGGGAACACCCGAAGUUCACCAACUACUCUUUCGAUGUAGAAGAAUUUAUGUACCUUGUCCUUCAGGCUGCAGACCACGUGUUGCAACACCCAAAGUGGCCAUUUAAGAAGAAACGUGAUGAGUUGUAAAUGUGUUGAGUCUGUUUGCAAAAAGAGAGUGUUCAAACAUCCCAACACCCAGACUCAUGAUUAAGUCAGUAAACAACCUGUUAUUUUCCUAGUCCCAAAUCACCUUUUCUAUACCAAAACACACCUUCAGGGUAUUGUUACGUGUUUUAUAGUAUUUAAGUGUUAAGUGGUUUUUUUGUAAUAUUGCUAUUUAUCGGUAGCAAUAAUAAAUUUGCACUGAAAGCUUUACUUUUUAUAGUUCAAAAAUCAGGCAUGGGCUAACUGGUGUCGUUAAGCUUUCUUCUUAGGGCUACCAAAGUUUUCAACUUUCUCAGCUUUAGAAUUUGUAAAUGUUUCUGUAAAAUAUCAUGUGAUUGUAAUUCCAGAGUAAUUCCAAACAAUUCACCUUGUUUAUGAUAUAUUUGGGUAAAUUUUUACAAUGGCUCUUUUAUUUGCCAUAAUCUGUUUAUAACACUUUGUACAGUAGGAAAGGAAAACAUGCACAGCAUACAUACAAUUGUGAUUCUCAGUACCAAGUCUAGGACCGUGUUAUAGAUCAGAGUUUAGUCAGCUCCAGGUUAUGGGCAUCAGGAAGCUGAAUAAAUCAUGCCACUGGGUUAAUUUACAUUCAUAUAUUUCAUAUUCAAAUCAUGUUUCCCCAAAAUGGUAACAACUACAUGUGAUAAAAACAAAUUAGAAAGUUCUGUUUUGCAUACCUCUUGCUGGUUUGCACUGAUUCCUUCUUAGUCAUGGAGAGCAUUUAUGUUGAAUUUAUAUAUGAAAUAGUGGUUUCCAUUAUGUAACUAGUUGUAACUGCAUGUACUUGUGGGUAUGCGUCUACCUCUAUGAGCAUGAAAGCAUUCCAGUUUGUGAUUUCACAAACUUCAAAUUAGCCUCAUGAAGAGAAUUUUUCCCUGUAAAACAGUAAGGCAAAAAUAAAUAAAGACAUGAAUUAUCCAAUCAAAAUUUUAAAAAGCCUUAUGAAAAAGAUGCCAGUGAUUAAAAAAAAUAUCUGGCAUGUAGUCCCACUCUUUGAUUGGGAGUCAUUUCUUACUGUUUAUGAACUUUCAAUUUAGCAGUCAGAAACCAUGGAUUUAUUUUACUGCAAAAUGUGAAAUUUACAUUUUAUUAACACUUGAGUAGUCUAAUUUUUUUUUCUUUUUUUUUCUGCCCUUGGGCUCAGGUUCACAGGUCUUCCCUGGAGAGGGGUGUUGAGUAGUCUAAUUUAGAGACUAGUUAACUUCUAUUUGUUUAAAGUAAGGGGUUAUCAAAUUACAGCAGAGCUAAAGAAUCUUUUUUUUUUCUUUUACAUUUUAGAGUUGUAAAAAAAAAAGAAUAUACAAUGGGGAAGUGACAUGCAAAACAAAAUGUUUAUAUCUGGACUUUUACAGGAAAAGUUUUCUGACCUCUGCUUUAAAGGAUUAUGAACAGUCUUCUAGAAUUUAGGAAUAUUUAUUCAAAUAUCUGUAAAGAAAAGUCACUGUGGCAAUAGCUUUGAUUUGGAUCUUAAAAUUGUAUAAAAAGAAUUACAACAUAUUAUGAAUUUUUAAAUGACAGGUAUUCUUACUGUUCUUUUCGCAAAAUGCUGAGUAACCGCUGGGAAAAUGUUGUGAAAGGAAUUAUAAAGGCUGUGUUGCACUUUGAGUCAGCCAAGUAUAAACAUCUGAGAAAAUUGUCUGAAAAAAAAGUUUCAACAUUUAUCUUCUUACCUCAUUUUAAGAAGUGUGUGGAAAUGUGAUUCUACAGACUAGUGAGAAUUUCAGAAAUUUGAGAACAACUCAUAAUAAAACUAUUAUAUUUGAAUAUUUUGCAUUUAAAGAGAGAAUACAUUUUAUAUAAACAAGAAAGUACAUUUGACAUUUUAAUUAUGGAAUUAACUUUUAUCAGACUUUUUGUGUGAAUAAAAGAAGGUCUUCAAAUUGUUAUAAAAUUUAACAUGUAAAGACUGCUCUGUUUAUUAAGUCUUUGAAAGAGAUGUAUUUCAUUGUACAUUUUGGUUAUGGCUUUGGAAUAAAUCUUUUUAUAUUUUAUUUGAA